AUGGCUGGUCAAGAAACAGGAUACCCAUUACACCAAGCUUGCAUGAACAAUGAGCUUUCCAAAGUUCAAGAAAUAGUAGAGCACAUGACAAACCCAUCCGUCGAAAUAGUAGCUAAAGAUUCUGACAACAGAACUGCUUUACAUUGGGCAAUCUCAUUCCAAAAUGAAGAAAUAGUCACAUACUUACUUUCCCACAUGAAGGAUGCUGAUGUGGAUACUUUGAAAGAUGAUUCGCUAUGGACUCCAAUUCAUAUUGCAUCAUCUGUUGGUAAUUCAAACAUUCUAAAACAAUUAAUCGAGGGGAGGAAUGUGGAUUUGAAUUUGCAAACUGUGCAAGGAACUACUCCUAUACAUUUAGCUGUCUCUAAGAAACAUUUACAAAUCUGUAAGUUCUUGCUAGAGAAUGGUGCGAGUGUCAGAAUAAAGGAUAAACAAGGUCAAUUACCGUUACAUAGAGCUGCGUCAAUUGGAUCCAUGGGAUUAGUGGAAAUGUUAUGUAAAGAAGGGAGGAGUCCCGUUAACGUUAAGGAUAAACAAGGUUGGACUCCCUUAUUUCAUGCUUUGGCUGAGGGACACGGAGACGUGGCUGUUUUGUUAGUUAAUACUUUUAAUGCCGACUAUGAUUUGGAAGAUAAUAAUGGUAUUAAAGCCGUUGAUGUAUCUUUAAAUGAAAAUGUCAAGCAUUUCUUCAUAAAGCAUGUUCAUGAAUAA